CACCCGCCUUCACACCGCCAAUAUGACUAAGGAAGCCAUUCAAUCGCAUGGCUGGGAAGUGCUGCCACACCCACCGUACUCUUCUGAUUUGGCACCAACUGAUUUCCACCUCUUGCGAUCUCUUUCAAAUGCUAUGUGCAGUGUUUCAUUCAGUACUGAUGCAGAAUUGAGAGCUUGGUUGGAUCAAUUUUUUGAGUCAAAAUCAGACUUGCCAUAGCUAUGCUGCUCUAUGUUCUUAUAGUACUAAUCUCAACUCAAAUAAUCCAUGCUGUCACGAGUGAAAGCACAGUUGAAACUUUCAACUCUUUCUAUGACUUUUGGUUAUUCCGGCUGUUUUUGAACCUGCUUGGUUAUGCUACUUUGUUUUUGCCAGCAGCACUUCUUAUCCGUUACUUUAAGAGAAGUGGUUACAAGAAUAAACCAGUGACUGGGAUUUUUUCACGUGCAAUAAAAUUGUGUGUUUUUGGCAAUGAAAUUGAACCUGAUGUUGAAGAAGCUAGCUCAACCACAAAGCAAAAUGUUCCAGAAGAGAAGCACACUAAUUAUUGGAAGACAGUUAUCCUUCUAUUUUGUUUUGCUGGCCUACAAGGUUCUUAUCUGACAUGGGGUAUUUUACAAGAACGGAUCAUGACCUUUGAAUAUGGAAAGACAGGAACAGCACCUGGCGAAUUCUUCAAAAAUUCCACUUUCCUUGUUUUCUUGAACCGCAUUUCAGCUUUCAUUAUUGCCCUAUUAGUCAUCACAUUACAGACCCAAGCAAGACAUACAGCACCUCUUUACAAGUGCUCAUACAGUUCUUUUUCCAACAUUAUGAGCAGCUGGUGUCAAUAUGAAGCACUGAAAUUUGUCAGCUUCCCAACACAAGUUCUUGCAAAAGCUUCUAAGAUUAUACCAGUGAUGCUGAUGGGGAAGUUAAUCUCAAAAAAAUCAUAUGAAUUUUAUGAAUAUCUGUCAGCUGCAAUGAUAUCGAUUGGAGUAAGUAUUUUCUUGCUGACUAGUCAAGAUGUCACAAAACACAAGGAUUCUGUAACAAAUUUUUCUGGAGUAUUGUUACUUGUUGGCUAUAUGGGGUUUGACAGCUUUACUGCAAAUUGGCAAGGUGCUUUGUUCACUCAGUAUAAAAUGUCCUCAUCCCAGAUGAUGGCUAGCGUCAAUUUAUUCUCUUGUCUCUUGACUGUUGUAGCUCUUAUUGAACAAGGAGGCUUUGUUGAGUCAGUAGCCUUCAUGACUAACUAUCCGACUUUUAUAUUUCAUGCAGUUAUUUUAAGUUUAUGCUCUGCAUUCGGUCAACUCUUUAUAUUUUAUACAAUUUCAAAAUUCGGACCUGUGACUUUUACAAUCAUAAUGACUCUGCGACAAGCCUUUGCCAUCUUCCUCUCUUGUAUUAUUUAUGGACAUCCCAUCACACUACUUGGAAUAACCGGUGUGGCUGUUGUAUUCUUUGCACUGUUUCUAAGAAUUUAUUGCAAUCAACGGAAAAAAGCACUUGCUUCUCGGCAUCAUUCUAAUAAUGAAAGAUAGAGAAAGGUAAAAGAGAGCAAAUAAGAGACUGAACAAGAUGCAAAGACAGAUCAGAUUAUUUUUUCAUUUGUAAAAUUUGUGUUUUUUAUUAUUAUUAUUAUUAUGUUUUGAAAAUAGUGAUAGAUUUGUCAUUGAUUAUUGGUUAAUGUUGGAGUGUCAAGAUUACACAAUGGUCCAAACAUGCUGCAUUGGCUCUAAACUCAGUCUUGGCUGUGUCAUUUAUUUUAAGCAUUUAUUGUAGGCUGUUUUCAUUUAGUUGGUCAUAUUCACUUGGUGACAUAAGGGCUGAGGUUCAUCUUGUUACUGGGGGGAGGUAUAUCAUUUGGAUUCAUUUAUUGUCCCCAUUUUGGGUAUCUCUUGUUGCAAGUCAUCGCAUUUGCUUGUUCCCCCUUCUCCCACUUAUAUAUAUAUAUAUAUAUAUAU